CGCGACCGCGACCGGGACCGCGACCGGGACCGCGACCGAGACCGAGACCGGGAGCGGGACCGCGAGCGCGACCGCGACCGGGAGCGCGACCGCGAUCGGGACCGCGAUCGAGAUCGAGAUCGCGACCGCGAUCGAGACCGCGACCGGGACCGAGAUCGCGACCGGGAUCGGGAUCGCGACCGAGACCGGGACCGGGACCGGGAGCGCGAGCUGCACGAGGGCGGCGGUGUCGGCGUGGGCGUGGGCGGCGGCGCGGGCGGCGGAGGCGCCGGCCCGGGCCCGACCAUCAAAGGCCGCGACUGGGACACGCGCGACUACACCGACAGCCGGCGCGAGUGGGACGGCCGCGGCAGGCGCGGCCCGCCGCCCGACUGGGAGUGCUGCCGCGCGGCUGCGACUGGGGCGACAAGGAGCUGUCACUGGGCGGCCACCCCCUGGCGCACCGCUGGCCACGACGAAGACUGGGGCUAUGGGGCGGCGGCGGCGGGGCGCGUCGCAGGCGGGGCGCCGCCGCCUCGCAGCGCCUGCUGGCGCCGCCGGCCGCGCCCGCGCCCGCGCCCCGGCGCUGCCUGGCCCGGCCUCGGCGGCGGCGGCGCGGCGCGCCCAGGGCGAGCGGCCCCUGCGCCCGACGAGGCGCUGCUGCACCUGGCGCCCGACGCCCUCGCCGCCCUGGCGCGCUCGGCCGCGUCGGCGCCUCGGCCUCGACCCGGGUUGGUUCAUCCUGAUGUACCUGACAAGGAACUGGUUAUGGAUAUGAUGGAUGAGAAAAUGGUUCCUGAUGCUCUGUGUGUGGGUGUUAAAUUGGAGGAAGGCCUGCUGAAGAAAGUAUUGGAACCCGAGUCUGCUUUGGGUAAGAGAAGCCGUGAACCUGACGAUAAUGAGAAGCCAGAAUUGAAGAAAUUGUGCGUAGAGGAAGUGACUGCACCUCUAGAAGAGGCUCUGAGUGACAUCAGUGAUGACGACGCAGAUGGGAUUCUCAACCGUGAGGAUAGUGUGGACGAUUUGGGCAGCAUGGAAAUUGAACUAGAGAGUUGCGUCUCGCAGGGCAAAGAUGUCCCUCCCAACGCUAGUUGUAUGUACCCGCUGUGUGUACCCACAGCGCCCCACCCGCAAACCCCAGGGCUCAGUGCGGAGGACCUCCCAGAAACUCCAGGGCAGAGCCUGUCCCUGCUGCCUGCUGCAACUGCUGGAGGCAUGUCUGCUGCUUCGAGCCGCACGCCAAUGCGGGACGUGGAGCCUGAGCGGGACACGCGAGAGGGAGGCCCUGGCACUGCCGGGCAGGAUGCCAGUAGGGAGCCCCCAGAGCCCAGAUCUAUGCUUGGAUCUGGUAUGGAGGAUCGGCCACCUGAUGAAGAAACUAUGGACAAUUUAGACUUUGAAGAAAUAUCAGAUGAGGAGUUGGAUCCUGAAGAGAGCAAAGCUGGUAUCGGAGAUGCUCUUGGAGUUGAUUGGGCAAGUCUAGUUGCAGAAUCUCGUCCAAGAACCAAACCUGAGGCAAAACCUGGAUCUGCUCGCCGGCGCUGGGAAAGCCAUCGAGUUCUCAUGCGUUUAGGGAUGUCAUUCCGAUUUACAGGAACAGAGGUUGCUGAAACAAUUGUAUCUAAAAUAAAGGAAAUGAAUGCUGAAGCUGAGAAGAAGAAAGAGGGCCCUGAGGAAGGGGAAGAUGUGUCCUCAAAUCCUGAUGAAAGUGUCGAUACCAACUUCCUGCACCCUGUGGCCUCCAUCCACGUGAACCUGCGGGAAAGGGCAGCAAAGCGGCGUGCCCUUUUUGCCAGUGCAGGACCCUACAAACGUGCUCUCUCUGCACGUCGAGACCUAGCUAUAAGUUGUCUUUGUGUGACUGCUGUAAAUAUAUUCAUUUAUAUUGAGAAU